AUGAAGUUUUUCGCGUUUCUGCUGAUCACCUGGGCCGCUGGCUCAUGGGCCGCGAUUAUCGCUUCCUGUGGAAGUACCUGCAUUGCUCGAGCGAUCAAAAAGACGGGCUGCGCACCAAGCGACAGCAAGUGUAUCUGCACAUCGGAACAUUACUCGGGAUAUCUGAACUACUGUAUUGCCAAGAGAUGCAGCGCGUCAGAGAAGGAUGCUGAGAUCAAGAGUGCUACAACCAUCUGCAGCGUCGUUGGAGCAGCUCAACUCGAACAGGAUGACUCAGAUGCGAGUUUUGUGAUCCAAAAGCGCGAGUCAUCUAUAAAGCGUAACGAGAAGGACCGCGAUCGUGAUAGUCAUCAUCGUGGUUCUGGGGACCAUCAUGGAUCUGGUUGGAAUCAACCACUGCCUGCGCAUGAUCAUCAACCCGCUCCCCAACCUCCAUCCUCUGCCCCUACAGGACCUGCAAGAGACCUCCCAGACCAACCUGGCCCUCCUGGUAACCCUCCUGGCCCUCCAAAAUCUCCCGGUCUACCUCCUGGCCAUUCUCGUCCUCCACCUGGGCCACCACCUCCCCCUCCAUCUUCGACCACGUGGUUCACGCCGACUCACACUCAUACAGUCCUUUCUUGGAACUAG